AUGCCCUUGGCAGCAGCGUCAUCUCUAUUGCCCGAGAUGACCUCGCUCAAGAAUGUCAAGCCCGGCACCUUCAUGACGCCCAAUACUCUGCCCACGCUGCCUUGGCCCCCCGACAGCACCGACCCCCCUGAGGACAUCCACUGGCCCAGUGGGGACGGAGCGUUCACCGAAGUCAAAAAAUUCUUCCCCAUCUACCCUGGUGCCAACAUCCCACCAAGCCUUAAGCUAUCCACCGCCCCGCCAGCCAAUCUGGACUCCUUCCACCCCCAAUUCCGGCUCUGGUACGAGGCAAUGAAGUACCUUCACGAUCACAAUGAGUCCCAGAGUAUCCAUUCCCACGCCCACAUCUUCAGCGCCGAUACCAUCCCAACCCAUCUAUUUCUAGACAGCAACCUAGCUACGCAUCUGACAUAUUCCCCAUCCAUCGUCAGUGCAUUUGCAGCUGAGAUCCCCAUAUACAAAGCCCUCUUCGAAGAAUUCAAAUGGCACUCGGCCCUCUCUACUUUAGCAUCUACUAAUCAUGUCACUACCCAAGAAGCUCUCGCAGCCCCCCUUCCAGCAGGGGCCCCAUUCGAUAGCGAACUUUUUGCCCAGAUCAUGGCCAACGCUCUCAAAGGCGCCAAUGACAGCACCAAGGAAAAAGAUCUGGCCCGCACUUCAGCCAGUGCCAAAGAUUCCUUCAGCUUGAUUUUUUGCCGAGUCAAACCGGUCAUCCAGCUCGACGGCUCCACUGUCAACGAAUUCCACCCAUCCGUCCUCACUGACGACUUAGCCACAUUCUUGGAAAUCGGUUCGAUCAAAGAGGCCCUACGCCACCUCCAUGACACUUUUGCCCACAUCACCGAUACCCUCACCACUCGGAACAACUACGACCGCAACGUCGACUUCGAUAUUGCCCUCUUCCAACACGCUACACUCACUGUCCUCAAAACAUGCAGCUUUGGAGUUUGA